GCUCGAGCAUAUUGGCUCAAGCAUAUUGGCUCAAGCAGCUGCGGUCCGAGCGAGACACUCCUUGACCGCUCGCACUCUGUCGGCUACACAGCUACGCCUGCGCCCAGCGCAGCAUGGCCGUGCUGAACCUCUCGUACACUUGGAGCGCGCUCCACGGCGAAGCGGCGGUGCCAGAAGAGCUGGCUUCGAGCGACGACCUCCAGGCAGAGCCACCGGUGCGUGCCGCCACGGUGAACCUCACGCUGACGAACGUCCCGUGCCGAUGCACCAUCGAGGAUGUCCUCGACCUUGUGCACGACUCGGGGUUCAAGGGGCACUUCGACCGCCUCUUCAUGCCGAUGAAGUCGACCGGCAAGCGGAACAGGGGCUACCUCUUUGUGACGUUCACGGACCCCCGCCAGGCCUUGCUCUUCCAGUGUGCAAUCGACGGUAUGCGGUUCAGCUCCCGCAACAGCCCCAAGGAGAUCGUGGUGGUGGCUUCGAAGAAGGAGAGCUUGUCUGCGCUCCAGAAUGAGAUCCCGCUUGGCGCCCAGGUGUUCAUGAGCCGGUGGGGCAGGGUGAUGGUCCCUCCGUCGUGUACGUUCAGCCUGUGAUUCCAGUUUCCAGGCCGACUGUACCUCCCCACCUCGCAAGCGAGCUGCCCUGAUCAGGCAUGUGGGGGAGCACGUGGUGGUAUGAAGAGAAGAGGGGGGUGUUGGAAGAAACAUUUCGCUAAACAAACCACGCCCUAAGCGCCUGGUGGGAUUGGCAUGCCGGUCGCGAGUUGCUGACCGUCUUAGUGUGCGAUGCCCACUUGGAUCAUGCUUUCGAGUCUCGUCUCCUUGUUUGGCGAAGGCCACCUCGGCUUUCCUUAUUGCCCUGCCUCUUGCUUGCUUCACUUGCUAUGGCCAUAGGCCAUAUGAGGGGAUG